UGGGGGUGACACAGGAGACGUGGGCCUGGGGGUGGGGGACAAUCCAGGACCAGCAGCUGGAGCCACAGCAGUGAAGCAGAGGCUGGGGCUGGGGUGGGGCUGGGAGGCCCCCAACAGGUAACCAACCGACUGAAACCGUGAAGAGAUGUUGAAGUUUAAAUAUGGAGCGCGUGGGGCUGUGGAGACCGGAGCAGUGGAACCAAUCACCAGCCGUUAUUCCAGACUCAACCUCCUGUUCCAGGGGAAGAUGCCCUUCGUGAACAUGAUGCAGCAGUCUCGCUGCCCGCUGACCAGAGAGGGGAUACUUAACGCACUCUUUGUUCUUUUCGACGAAUGCAACAAGCCUGAGAUGAUGAGGAUUAAACACGCGGCAAAUUUUGUGAAGAAGUACAGAGAUGCCGUGACCGAGUUGCGGGAGCUGCAACCCGAUGCCGGGGACUUUGAGGUGCGGAGUGUGAUUGGCCGAGGCCAUUUCGCGGAGGUGCAGGUGGUGAGAGAGAAGGCCACCGGCGAUGUUUACGCCAUGAAAGUCAUGCACAAACAGGCGCUGAUCGCACAGGACAACGUGGCUUGCUUUGAGGAGGAAUGCAGCAUUCUGUCACGCAGCACCAGUUCCUGGCUUCCCUCGCUACAGUAUGCGUUUCAAGACAACACUCACCUCUUCCUGGUGAUGGAGUAUCAGCCGGGAGGCGACCUGAUGGCGCUGCUCAAUCGCUACGAAGACCAGUUUGACGAGAGCACGGCCCAGUUCUAUUUGGCCGAGUUGGUCCUGGCCAUUCACAGUGUCCACCAGAUGGGUUACGUUCACAGAGAUCUCAAACCCGACAAUGUCCUUAUCGACCGCACAGGACACAUCAAGUUGGGAGAUUUCGGAUCCUCGGCCAAACUCACGGCAGAUAAAACGGUGAACUCAAAGCUGCCGUUAGUUGCCCCGGAUUUCAUGGCCCCCGAGGUCCUGACGGCUCUGAACGCCGAUGGAACCUGCACGUACGGUGUGGAGUGCGACUGGUGGUCGCUGGGAGUCAUCGCUUACGAAAUGAUUUACGGGAAGUCCCCGUUUGUGGAGGGAACGGCUGCCAAAACCUUCAAUAACAUCAUGAACUUCCAGAGAUUCCUGAAGUUUCCGGAGGAGCCGAAGGUCAGUAAGGAGUUCCUGGACCUGGUGCAGAGCCUGCUGAGUGGGGCCAAGGAGCGUCUGGACUACGAGGGACUGAUCUGCCAUCCGUUCUUUACAAACAUCGACUGGAACAACAUCAGACAAGUGCCACCCCCGUUCGUGCCCACACUCGACGCUGACGACGAUGCCUCCAAUUUUGAUGAGUCGGAAAAGAUCUCGUGCCCGGCCGUCAAGCCUCGCCAGCUGAACCGAUCGGGCUUCUCGGGCGAGGGUCUACCCUUCGUGGGAUUUUCCUUCACCAAAGCGCUGGCUGUCCUCACCCGGUCAGAGUCAGUGAGUUCAUUGAUGGACUCGCCAGCCAAAAACAACUCGUUGGAGAAGAAGCUUCUGCUAAAGAAUAAGGAAUUGCAAGAAACCCAGGACAAGUGUCAUAAGAUGGACCAGGAAGUCACCCAUUUACAGCGAACAGUCACUGAGUUGGAAGCGACGUUGGGGCAAAAGGAAGUGGAGCUGAAGACCUCCGAGUCCCAAAGAUCCGUCCUGGAGCAGGACCUGGCCACAUACAUCACAGAGUGCAGUAGUCUGAAACGCAGCCUCGACCAGGCUCGGAUGGAAGUGUCUCAGGAGGAUGACAAAGCUCUCCAACUUCUCCAGGACAUUCAGGAGCAGAGCCGGAGGCUGCAGGAGAUCAAGGAACAGGAGUUCCAGGCCCAGAUGGAGGAGAUGCGAGUGGCUGUCCGGCAGCUGGAGGAGGAUCUGGCCGCCGCCCGCAGACGGGCGGACCUGUACGAGUCCGAACUGCGAGAAACCCGGGUCACAGCUGAGGAAUACAGGCGGAAAGCAACCGAGUCCCAGCAGAAGCUGCAGAAGACGAGAGACCAGGGCAAAGCGGAAGUCGGAGAGGUGUACGCCAAACUGGAGAAGAUGAACACAGAGCAGCAGAGGAAAAUACAAGAGCUGCAGGAAAAGCUCGGCAAGGCCGUCAAAGCCAGCACCGAGGCCACAGAUCUCCUGCAGAACGUGCGUCAGGCCAAGGAGAGGGCCGAGAGGGACCUGGAGAAGCUGCAGGGGCGGGAGAACUCCAGCGAGAGCGUCCGGAGGAAGCUGGUGGAGGCUGAGGAGCGUCGCAAGUCUCUGGAGAACCAAGUGAAGCGGCUGGAGAUGGUGGAACGACGGGAGAACAAGCUGAAGGAGGACCUGCAGACAAAGUCCCAGCAGAUCCAGCAAAUGGCUCAGAAAAUCCUGGAGCUGGAGGAGAACUGGUGUGAAGCGCAGGCGGUCGCACAACGCACAGAAACACACCUCCGCCAGAAGGAGCAGCUCUACGAGGACAAGAUGAAGGUACUGGAAGCUCAGAUGAAGAUGGACAUUGCGGAUAAAGAAUCGCUCGAAGAGUCUCAUCUCAGGGACGAGGAGGAUUCUCGGGAGAAGUGCAAGCUGAUCAGCGAGCAGAAAGCGACCAUCAAUGCCAUGGAAUCGAAGAUGAAAUCCCUGGAGCAGAGGAUUGCGGAACUCUCUGAGGCUAACAAGCUUGCAGCAAACAGCAGCAUCUUCACCCAGAGGAGCAUGAAAGCCCAGGAGGAGAUGAUUGCUGAGCUCAGGCAACAGAAGUUUUAUUUGGAGGCUCAGGCUGGGAAACUUGAAGCUCACAACCACAAACUGGAGGAGCAAAUCAACAAGAUCAACCAGGACGAACAGAGCAGCAAGAACCGGCUCCAGGAUCUGGAGACCAGGCUCCGCGAGGUUGGCCUGGAGCACGAGCAGCAGAAGCUGGAGCUGAAGAAGCAGGGGAACGAGCUGCAGCUGGCUCUGCAGGAGAAGGAGGCUCAGCUCCGCAGUCUGCAGUGCACCAAGUCCGCGCUGGAGACCCAACUGCAGACAGCCAAGGCCGAGCUGGAGGAGACCACAGCCGAGGCCGAGGAGGAAAUCCAAUCCUUGAGGGCACAUCGAGAUGAAAUCCUUAACAAAUUUGAAAGCCUCCGUGAAAGUUGCUCGGUUAUCACUGAUCUGGAGGAGCAGUUAAACCAGCUGAGCCAGGAAAACGGGGAACUGAACAGCCAGAACUACUUCCUGACCAAGCAGCUGGAGGAGCUAUCCUGCAUUACCGACGAGCGAGCCCAGCUGAGGCUGGAGAUGGACAGGAUGCGACAAGAACUGUCUGAUCAAGAGAUUCAGCUCAGUAACCAAAAACAGACAAUCGAGACGUUGAAAACGACCUGCUCGAUGCUGGAGGAGCAAGUGAUGGACCUCGAGACGCUGAAUGAUGAACUCCUCGAGAAGGAGCGUCACUGGGAAACAUGGAGAACCGAGUUCGAGGAGGAGAAGGCACAACUGGAGCGCCGCAUUCAGGAGAUGAAGAGGCUGCUGGAGAUCGAGAAGCAGAGCAGGAUGCGCUCAGACCAGCGCAGCAAUGAAUCCCGUCAGGCUGUGGAACUUGCCGUGAAAGAGCACAAGGCCGAGAUCCUAUCCCUGCAGCACGCUCUGAAAGAACAGAAACUCAAGGCGGAGAGCCUUUCUGAUACGCUGAGCGACCUGGAGAAGAAGCACACCAUGCUGGAGAUGAACGCUCGCGGCCUUCAGCAGAAACUGGAGACUGAGCGGGAGCUGAAACACCGGCUCCUGGAGGAGCAAACGAAACUGCAGCAACAGCUGGACAUGCACAAGACUCACAUCUUCCGGCUGACACAGGGACUGCAGGAAGCUCUGGAUCAGGCCGACCUGCUGAAGACCGAGCAUAGCGACCUGGAGUACCAGAUCGCUAACAUGCAGAUGUUGUUCUCCCACGACAGAGUGAAGAUGGAAGGCACCAUUGCCCAACAGUGUAAACUGAUAGACUUCCUGCAAGCGAAAAUGGACCAACCCAUCAAAAAGAAGAAGGGCUUGUUUGGUCGCCGACGGGAGGACCCGAGCCUCACCGUUCAGGUUCCCGUGCAGUACAACGAUCUGAAGAUCGCGCUGGAUAAGGAGAAAUCCCGGAACAGCGAGCUGGAGGAGGCCCUACAGAAAACCCGCGUGGAGCUGAAGUCCGUGCGGGAAGAGGCCGCUCACCUGAAGACAGUGGACCACCAGCCCCAGUCAACACCGGCCACAGCCAGACACCAGAUCCUCAUGUCUGCCAUCGUCAGGUCCCCCGAACACCAGCCCAACCCCAGCACUCUGCUCGCUGCACCCUCCAACCACAGGAAGGAAUCCAACAAUCCUGAGGAAUUUGGCCGGCAGCUGAAGGAACGCAUGCACCAUAAUAUCCCUCAUCGUUUCACGGUCGGGCUGAACAUGAGGGCCACCAAAUGUGCCGUCUGCCUGGAUACGGUGCACUUCGGGCGACAAGCGGCCAAAUGUGCAGAAUGCCAAGUGACGUGCCAUCCCAAAUGCUCCUCCUGCCAACCAGCCACCUGCGGGCUCCCCCAGGAAUACGCCACCCACUUCACCAAAGCUUUCUGCCGGGACAAAAUGAACUCUCCCGCCUUGCAGAUGAAGGACCCGGGAGUGAGUGUGCGACUGGAGGGGUGGAUGAAGGUUCCCAGGAACGGGAAACGAGGCCAGCAAGGGUGGGAGCGGAAAUAUAUCGUGCUGGAGGGAUCAAAGAUUCUUCUUUUUGAGAACGAUUCGAAAGAUGGCCAGCGGCCGGUGGAUGAGUUUGAGCUGUGCCAGCCCGAUGGAGUUGUGAGCAUUCACGGAGCCGUUGGAGCUUCUGAACUCGUAAACACCGCGAAGACGGACGUGCCUUACGUGUUGAAGUUAGAAUCCCAGCCGCACACCACCUGCUGGCCCGGUCAGACCCUCUAUUUGCUCGCUCCAAGCUUCCCAGACAAACAGCGUUGGGUCAACGUACUGGAGUCGAUCGUGGGUUGCGGGAGGAUCUCGAGCGACAAAGCAGAGGCGGCUUCCAAGUUACUGGGAAACUCACUGUUGAAGCUGGAGGGAGACGACCGAUUAGAUAUAAACUGCACCAUGCCACUCACUGAGCAGAUUGUGCUGGUCGGGUCGGAGGAAGGUUUAUAUUCGCUGAACGUGGUUAAGAAUUCCCUGGUGCACAUUCCUGGCGUGGGCUCAGUGUUCCAGCUUCAUGUCAUGAAGGAGCUCGAUCGACUUGUCAUGAUAGCAGGAGAGGAGCGAUCCCUGUGCCUGGUGGAGAUUAAGAAGGUGAAGCAGUCGUUAGCUCAGUCCCAUCUGCCAGCCCAGCCAGAGGUGGCACCCACUGUGUUUGACAGCUUGAAAGGAUGCCACCUAUUCGCAGCAGGCAAGAUUGAGACUGUGCCAUGUAUCUGCGCAGCGAUGCCAAACAAACUGUGCAUCUUCCGUUACAACGAGGGCCUCGACAGUUUCAACAUCCGCAAGGAAAUCGACACCUCUGAGCCGUGCAGUUGUAUCCACUUCACUGCCUACAGCAUCAUCAUUGGCACCAACAGGUUCUAUGAGAUCGAGAUGAAGCAUUACACACUGGAGGAGUUUUUGGAUAAGAACGACUUGUCUCUGGCUUCCGCUCUCUUCGCCGCUUCAUCCUACAGCUUCCCCAUUGCCAUCGCGCAGGUGAACGGCAGCGGGCAGAAGGAGGAAUUCCUGCUGUGUUUCCAUGAGUUCGGGGUCUUUGUCGAUUCUUACGGACGACGCAGCCGCACAGAUGACCUGAAAUGGAGCCGUUUGCCUCUGGCGUUUGCUUAUCGGGAACCGUACCUGUUCGUGACUCACUUCAACUCUCUGGAGGUGGUGGAGAUUCAGGGUCGCAACACGAUCGGCGCCCCGGGUCGUGCGUACUUGGACAUCCCGAAUCCCAGAUACUUGGGACCCGCCAUCUCUGCCGGAGCCAUUUACCUGGCCUCGUCCUAUCAGAGUAAACUGCGUAUCAUCUGCUGUAAAGGCAACCUGGUGAAGGAGGUGAGCGGGGAGCUGCUGGGCGGAGCCAGCCGCAGCCCUAACAAGAGAGGCCCUCCCACCUACAAUGAGCACAUGUCCAAGAAGCUGGCACCUUGCCCCAGGGAAAACCCACCUCAGGAGUCCAAUAUGUCCGUGAGAUUCCGAGAAGGUAGACAAGAGACACGGAGGGACAAGUCACCGCGGAGAGGCUUGGAGAGGGAGAAAUCUCCCGGUAGAGCUUUGGACACCAGCAGAGAGAGGUCUCCGGGCAGGAUGUUGGACGACAACCGAGGGGGCAUGCGUUUACCUGCAGGAUCCAUGAGGACCCCAAUGGGCCAAGUCAGCAAGUCCUGGGACCAAUCUGCUGUGUGAGUCCAGAGACCGAUCACCGUCCUACACAUGAAGAUGUGUGUACUGAGCAUGUGCAUCCCACUCUCCAACUGCAGGGAGAAGUGUCCUCUGCCUCGGAUCUACUAAACACAUCAGCAAAAUAAAGUCAAACUGUUCUCUUGCUUUUGUUCUGAUUCUGUCGCACGCAAGGGUCGGGGAGGGAGACAUGGAGCGUUGGGAUGAAGGCAAGUAUUUUUUUUUAUCCUGUCUGCCAAUCCCGAGCUACCCUUAACAUAGCCGAUGGGAGACUUGGCAUUGUAGGAAAUAUCUUUUUGGGAGAAGUAGCAAAUUUUG